AUGUCCAGAUCCGGCGCCCUCGACGACAAUGAAAUCCAGUCCGAGAUGAACAAGAUGGUGGCGUUCAUCUCGCAAGAGGCGAGAGAGAAGGCUAGAGAGAUACAGGUCAAGGCGGACGAGGAGUUCGCUAUCGAAAAGGCCAAGAUUGUGCGACAAGAAUCUCUCGCCAUUGACGCCCAGUACGAGAAGAAGCGAAAGCAGGCUGAAGUAGGAUGGAAGAUCUCCCAAUCCACGGCAAUCAACAACUCGCGUCUGAAGAUCCUCCAGUCUAGAAACGACCAUCUUGAAGCCAUCUUCGACGAGUCCAACAAGCAAGUCAAGGAUCUGUCUACGUCUGCCAAGUACAACGAGGCUGUUGAGAGUCUUAUACUCGAGCUUCUCCUCAAGCUUCUUUCUCCCAGAGUGCAUUUGGCGCACCGCCCAAAAGACUCGGAUCUUGUAAAGAAGGCUGCAUCUGCUGCCCAAAAGCGAUACAAGGAGAUUGCGGGCCGCGAGUCCGAGCUCUCCUUUGAUGACAGUCUUGCGGACGACAGCGCGGGCGGUGUCGUUGGGUCGACUUUGGGAAACAAGAUCAAGGUGGACAACACUUUGGAAGAGAGGUUGAAGAUUCUGGAGGAAAAGAUGCUCCCAGAGUUGAGGCAUGAUCUAUUUGGACCGAACGAGAACCGCAAGUUCUACACUGUGAGUUUGGUUUCUUCCGAGAUGCAUCGGUUGGCUAACGUGGAGCAGUGA